AUGGCAGACGGCCGCGACCCCUCGCCCUUCGACGCCCCCGCAGCCCACGGCCUGAACUCGCCGACGCCCCAAGAACAGCAGCCCUCCUCUGUGCGAGACGACGCUGCGAGGCUCUCCAAUGGCGACUCUGGCAUUGCCAACGGGAAGCUGGCCAACGGGCUCGCCGCGAUGCACUUGGUGGCCAAUGGCCAUCCGGUGCAGCCGACGUCGUCGUGGGACAAGCCAUUGCCCCGUAAGGAGGACUCUGGUACCUCUAGCGGGGGCCGUAUGUCUGAUACUGAAAACGAGAGAGCCCCUCUGGGCCGUGGUCGCAGCAACGGAGAAUUUGCUCGAGAUGACGGGCGGUUCGCUGCCAUACAAAACGGAGACGUUGAAGAUAGCUGCGGGACGACCCACGUCAAGCUGGAAGCUCUUGAUAGUCAAGAUGGCGCCUCCGAGUCGACCCAUGACAUAUCUCGAUCUUCGACGAAGCCGGGCCCGGAGGUAAUGGCAACGCCAGGCAACGGGUCGUCAACAAGCCACCCUGUUCAGCUCUCUCACGAAUCAAAUCUACGUGUUCCCGGAUCCGCCCACCGGCUCUCGUCUCCACCUGCGUUCCCUCUUCCUCCCACCGGUCUUCCCGGAGCCCCCACAUCCAACCCGUCACCCCAGCACUCGCAUCGUCUGACGCAUCGCCAUACUCUUGAGGUCCCCAAAGUUUCUUCGACACGCCAAUCACGGGAGUUCCCAACCCCCAGUGGGACCGAAGACGUUGUCUCAGCCACCGGACGCUUCUCACCUAACACACCAACUCGGCGGAGAAAUUCGCUGAGUCUCGCUCGUCGGCACACACGAUCUGUGCAUUCCGACAUGCACCUCGAAGAACCGCCACAGGACGAAGACGCAGCCCGGUGGGCAGAUGCGAUACGGCAGAAACGGGCGAGCAAGAGGAAAAGGAAAGAGGACGAGGAUGACGAUCGGGUCGUUGUAGGGACAAAAGUCGAUCAGAACCAUGUCAACUGGGUGACGGCUUACAACAUGUUGACUGGGAUAAGAUUCACAGUCUCUAGGACGAACGCAAAGAUGGACAGAGAUCUGACCGAUGCGGACUUCACAGCGAAGCACAAGUUCUCGUUUGAUAUCACGGGUAACGAACUGACCCCUUCCGCCAAAUACGACUUCAAGUUCAAAGACUACGCUCCCUGGGUAUUCCGGCACCUCCGGUCCAUCUUCCAACUGGACCCCGCGGACUAUCUAAUGUCAUUAACAAGCAAGUACAUACUAUCCGAGCUCGGGUCUCCAGGCAAGAGUGGGAGCUUCUUCUAUUUCUCUCGCGAUUAUAAAUACAUCAUCAAAACCAUCCACCACGCAGAACACAAGUUCCUCCGGAAGAUACUGCGCGAUUACUACGACCACGUGCAGGAGAACCCAAACACCCUUUUAUCACAGUUUUACGGUCUUCAUCGGGUGAAGAUCCCAUACGGCAGGAAGAUCCAUUUCGUAGUCAUGAACAACCUAUUUCCGCCACACAGGGACAUUCACAGAACAUUUGAUCUGAAAGGAUCCACCAUUGGGAGGGACUUUAAGGAGGAUGAGCUAGAGCACAAUCCGCGGGCAACUCUGAAAGAUCUAAACUGGUUGCGGAGGAACCUGCAUUUGGAGUUUGGGCCGACGAAGAAGAAGGCAUUCAUCGAGCAGAUGGAAAAGGAUGUGAAGCUUCUUCAAAAGUUGAAGAUCAUGGACUAUUCGCUAUUGGUGGGCAUCCAUGAUCUGGAACGUGGGAAUGAGGAGAAUCUCCGGGAUAAGACACUGCAAGUGUUUCAGCCGGGAGGCGAAUCGGCCGAUGAUCCUGUUCAUGCCAAUAUGCUGAUGCGGACGCCGUCUAAAUUAGAAACCGCGCGAAAAGCGAAAGAACUACGGCAGAUGAUCAAGUACCAAAAGCCAAUUCCAAUGGAUCAAACGACGAGUAAGAUGCCGGAUGAGAUGCAGGAAGGCCGGAAAAAUUUCUACUUUUAUAAUGACGAUGGAGGUUUUAGGGCCACGCACGAGGACGACAGUGUUGGGGAGGAGAUCUACUAUCUAGGUAUCAUCGACUGCCUGACCCAUUACUCGUUCAUCAAGCGCGCGGAGCAUUUCUUCAAGGGCCUCGUAAAUACGGAAUCACAGAUAUCAGCUAUCCCCCCGGAGCGAUACGGAGACCGGUUUGUUCGCUUCAUCAGCGGUGUCACAAAAACGCGCGAAGCGGCCGAAAGAGAGAAGAUUGAGGCUGAGCACAUGGUCGACGAUCCUCGUCUAUCCGGUGUAAAUAUGCAUCAGCGAGAUGCUACUGAUGUGGUUAUGGAGAAGGCUGAGCGGCAAGCGGAGCGUUCACGACAAAGGGGUGCAUCAGAAGAUAACGUUCCAAACAGAGAAAUUCGCACGGUGCGGAGUCCAUCUGCAGAGCGCGGAGAGCUUGGUAGUACUCUUCCAGUUGUCGAAGAAGCUGCGGAAUCAGCUAGCACUGGAGGGCGGAGUGGUCGGAGUGUUGAGAGCAGCCCGCUGCCGCAUGCGCCCAUGGACGAAAGAGAUAUCCAAGAGCUACAACCUCUCCCUCGAGACCGCGCACGAGGAGAUUCAGGACACCAGAAACCACCGCCAACGCCGCCUAAGGAUCCUAACCACGGACGUAUAGAAGAACGGCCGCCUACGCCACCAAAGGACGGGUUCGAAGCCCGGCGUGGCCCACCAACUCCACCAAAGGACGAACGAGAAAGGGGAAGACGCAGCGAGAAGGAAUUACCCCUCCCACCACCCAUGGAGUCAGUCGUGAGGGUGAACUAA